AUGGAGAAAUGGUUUCCUUUCCUGGAGGCAGAGGAUACCCCGAUCUUCUCCCCUCGGGUAGAGGCCAUUCUUGCAAAGGUUAAAUCCAUUCGCGAGUUAUGGCCCGAUGAAAAUAUCGUAAUUGUUUCUGAGUUUGUGCUCUUCCUCGAUAUCAUUAAGCAAGGUAUGAAGCAGUGCAGCAAGACAGACGAUAAGUUCAAAAUUCCUCUUGCUGAGUACAAUGGCACCGUGGAUUUGGAAAACCGGUCUUGGGUCCAGUUCACAUUCAACCUACCUACUGGUAGGCCAGAGGUCCUUCUGCUCAGUCCAGGAGCUGGCGGUCUUAGUCUCAACCUUGCCAGGGCCACCUAUGUUAUCAUCACCGAGCCAUUUCGGACACCUGGGACACUGCAGCAGGUAAUCGAGCGCGCUUACAGGCUCCCUCAGGAGAAGACAGUUCAUGUAGCAGGCUUCAAUCUCACACUAUCAAUAGCUAGGUCUUCUAUAAUCCAAGCUCCGGAAGGUUUGUGCAUUAUUUUGCAUACCUAA